AUGACUCAGCAGCAAUCUCUUGUCGAAAACUCUGGAACCGAAAAUAAUGCGAACUGUCAAGGUAGCAGUAUCAACCGAGAAAUGAUUGAAAUGCUUCAGUAUCUCAAAAAUCCUCCAUCUGUGCGUGUACAACCUGCUGAAGGCCUCAUUGUCAAUGAAACGGGAGAGGCAGUUCUAUCUUGCAAUUUCAGUGCCAAUCCUCCCAACGUGACCGAGGUCACAUGGUACAAAGACGGGAAGCAGAUGCAGCCCUCAGCUCCCUUGACCAUUUCAUCGCCUCUGAAUCAGAAAUCGUCUUCCAGCUCCUCUAGCGGAUCAACUUUAUUUGUUCCCAGUCCCCAAUUGAUUUUGAGGAGGGUGUCCAGAUCCGAUGCGGGCUCUUAUUCUUGUCACGUAAGGAACGCCUUUGGGAGGGGUAAUUCCAGCAAUGCUGUCACCCUCGACGUACUCU